AUGAACCUCUUCAAUCUACGCGACAUCAUGUGGGGGUCCAAGCUCUCAGCUGUGCUGUCCGCGCUCAGCUUGACACAGUCCGUUCCUGCGACUGAGCUUGAGCAGGUUGUCACCGAGAAUGGCGUGAAGCAAGUGGCCAUCAUUGGAGCGGGUGCCGGUGGUUCCUCCGCGGCCUACUACCUCCAAAAGUUCGCCGAAGCCGAAGGUCUUCCCGUCAACAUUACUGUGUUUGAAAAGACCGAUCGAGUAGGAGGCCGGACGUUGACCGUCGACGCUUACGGCAACCCGCUCGAACCAGUUGAGCUGGGCGCUUCCAUCUUCAUCGAGGCCAAUCACAUCAUCUAUAAUGCCAGUAUCAACUUUGGUCUUCCCCUGAAAGAGCCAGAGUCUGGCAGUGAUGGUUUCCUGGGCAUUUGGGACGGCGAGAAGUUUGUCUUUUCCCAAGAUGAUAGUUCCUGGAACUGGUGGAACUUGGCCAAGCUCUUCUGGAAGUACGGCACCGCCCCGUACAAGGCGCAGAAGCUCGUGCAGUCGACCGUUGCGACCUUUUUGCAGCUCUAUGAGAAACCUCACUUUCCUUUCCGAUCGCUCACGCAAAGAGUCUUCGAGCUGGAUCUUUUGAAGGCAACUUCCGUUACCGGGGAGCAGUUUCUCGCCAACAACGAUAUCAGUGAGCUUUUCUCCCACGAUAUCAUCCAGGCAGCCACCAGAGUCAACUAUGCGUCAAACCUGAAGUAUAUCCAUGGCCUUGAGACCAUGGUCUCUCUUGCCCCUGAAGGCGCUCGGCAAGUCAUUGGAGGCAACUGGCAGGUUUUCCAGGCAAUGCUUCAAAGGAGUAACGCGACAUUGCAUCGCAACACUUCGGUGACAUCAAUCGCCGUGAAGUCUGGCCCUUCUAGCUCCAAGUAUCUACUUUCAACCAAAGACGCUCAUGCUGAAGCCGAGGCAGAGUCGAACCAGUACCCGAUUGCUUUCGACAACGUCGUCAUUGCGACUCCUUGGCAGUAUGGAGAUAUCAGUGUCUCAGAGGAUCUUUUCCAGCACAAGAUUGAUGAGGUUCCUUACACCAAGCUUCACGUUACCCUUUUCGCCUCACCGUUCCACCUCUCCCCAGAGUACUUUGGUCUCGAGCCUGGUUCCAAGGCACCCGACUCAGUCUUGACAACGCUCGGCCCUGAUGACGAGGCAAAGGCUGGCUCUGAAGGUGCUGGCAAGGCUGGCUUCUACUCUGUCAGCACCCUCAGAACCGUUACAAACCCCGACACUCUCAAGGACGAGUUUCUCUACAAGAUCUUCUCUCCCAAGAAGGUGACGGCAGAGUUCCUGUCAAAGCUGCUUGGCGUUGAAGUGCCGGCGUCCAUUGUUGCGGGCAAAAAGUCAGAGGAAGCUGGCCAGCGCACUGUUGAACCCAUCUCUUGGUAUUACCCGCAUGUGUUCAACUCGUACCCCAUUGAAUAUCCGCGUGUCACUUUCCAAGACCCCAUCCUGAGGGACGGACUUUAUUAUCUUUCGGGCGUCGAAAGCUUCAUCUCGUGUAUGGAGACCAGCGCCUUGAUGGGGAUGAACAUUGCAAAGUUGAUUGCCGACGAUUUCUCAGAGGCCAAGGAGACACUCGAGGAGAAGAUCGAGGUCGAUGGUGCGCAGGAGGUACUGGGCCAAAUUGAGAAGGAGGUGCCCGUGGCUGAGGAGCUGUGA